CAGUCAGCUGGGUUUUCCUGCGGGUUGCGAAGGCGUCGCGGGGUUAAAGUGACCGAUUAUAGCGGGCGGUGUUGUGCCAAACGGAGAUAUGACAGCCACCCGGAGGGAGCCGUGCUGGUUGUGUAUGGCGAAAUGAGGCGGAGGGUGGAGAGUCGCCACAGAGACGCUGCUGGGCUCCGGCCAAACACCACCGCAUAUUAGCCCUCAGACGGGGCUCGGGAUUUGCAUUGCAUUGCAUUACAUUUGCUGCAUCGUUGCUCUGCUUUGUGUUUUUUUUUUUUUUUAAAGUGCAUGGUGGAAAAUGCAGCUUGUUUGAGGACACCCCCAACCCCUUUCUCCCCCCCCCCCCCAUCCAGAGAUCCAUUGCUGCCAUGACAGGCAGAGGUCUCCUCUCGACCGCGGCUCGGCCGGUUGGAGAAGAGGCAGAUUGAUUCGGGACGGUGGGUCGCAUCUGCGGAUGUUGUUCAGUCUGUGGAGCCUGUAGAUCGAACCAUCGGCGCGAACACACCGUGAUUCUUACUCAGGGAAAGAGGAGAGAGAACAACAUGUCUUCUCGGUCUGCAUUACCGUCUGGGAACGACAGGAGUACUGGAGACCAUCAUGCGUCGCUGGGGGCCAGCCGCUCCGACAAGGCCACCAGCCAGUCCAGCCGCUCGCUGGGCGCCCGCUGCAGGAACUCCAUCGCCUCCUGCUCCGACGAGCAGCCGCACAUCGGCAACUACCGGCUGCUCAAGACCAUCGGCAAGGGAAACUUUGCCAAGGUCAAGCUGGCCCGUCACAUCCUGACGGGCAAGGAGGUGGCAAUAAAAAUCAUCGACAAAACUCAGUUGAACCCAACCAGCCUACAAAAGCUCUUUCGGGAGGUACGAAUAAUGAAAGGCUUAAAUCACCCUAACAUAGUGCAGCUGUUCGAGGUGAUUGAGACUGAUAAGACCCUUUACCUAAUCAUGGAGUACGCCAGUGGAGGUGAAGUGUUUGACUACCUCGUGUCUCAUGGGAGAAUGAAGGAGGUGGAAGCCAGAGCCAAAUUCCGACAGAUUGUCUCCGCUGUCCACUACUGCCACACAAAGAACAUUGUCCACAGAGAUUUGAAGGCGGAGAACCUUCUGCUGGAUGCCGACGCCAACAUCAAGAUUGCCGACUUUGGCUUCAGCAAUGAGUUCACGCUGGGCAACAAGCUGGACACGUUCUGUGGCUCGCCGCCCUACGCCGCCCCGGAGCUCUUCCAGGGGAAGAAGUACGACGGGCCCGAGGUGGACGUCUGGAGCCUCGGAGUCAUCCUCUACACGCUGGUCAGCGGCUCGCUGCCCUUUGAUGGGCAGAACCUGAAGGAGCUUAGGGAGCGUGUGCUGAGGGGAAAGUACCGCGUGCCCUUCUACAUGUCCACAGACUGUGAGGGGAUCCUCCGCCGGUUCCUGGUGCUCAACCCCACCAAACGCUGCACCCUAGACCAAGUCAUGAAGGACAAGUGGAUAAAUUCAGGGUACGAGGGCGAUGACCUGAAGCCCCACAUAGAACCCGUUGAAGACUUCAGUGAUCCAGCUCGCAUAGAGGUGAUGGUGGGGAUGGGCUUCACUUCAGAGGAAAUUAAGGACUCUCUGCUCAAUCAGAAAUACAACGAAGUCACCGCCACCUACCUACUACUGGGCCGCAAAGGCGAUGAGGCCAGUGAGGCUCGCACAGCCAGUAGCCUGUCCCUGGCGAGGGUACGACCCAGCCCCAUCACCAACGGCACCAACAAGCACUCCUCAGCCACUGGAUCCUCUUCCUCCUCCACCUCCUCCUCACAUAGCAAGACCCAGCGCAGUGCCUCCACCUACCACAGGCAGCGGCGACACAGUGACUUCUGCGGGCCCUCCAUGCCCGUCAUGCACCCCAAACGGAGCCCCACGAGCACGGGCGAACGUGAGCUGCGGGAGGGACGGAUGCCUUCCCGUAAGGCCAGCUGCAGCGUGAUGGGGAGCCACAGCCUCCCUCCGUCCAGCCCAAUGGUCAGCAGUGCCAACAACCCCAACAAGUCUGAGAUCCCAGACCGCCGCAAAGACAUGACCGCCACCACAAACAACAUCCCUGGAAGUGCCAUGACACGCCGGAAUACAUAUGUGUGCACUGACCGCACAGGCGCUGACAGACACUCUCUUCUGCAGAACGGCAAAGACAACAGCUCCCUGGGACACCGCUUGCCUGCAGCGUCUCCGUCCACGCUCAGCAUUUCUGGCGCCGGAGCGGCCUCCUCCUCUUCCUCUUCAGACCGAUGCCGCCUGACCCGAGGCUCCACCAUCCGCAGCACCUUUCACGGGGGACAGCUGAGGGACCGUGGGCCCCCCGUCUACUCAGCCCCCCCCACUUCACCCACCUUGUCCCACCAUGACACCAGCCCCCUGCCGCACGCCCGCACCAGGGCAACCUCCAACCUCUUCACCAAGCUGACCUCCAAACUCACUCGCAGGGUCAACCUUGACCCGUCCAAGCGCCAGGGCUCAAACAAAUCAGUCUCGGGUUGUACUCUUCCACAAGGAUCAAAAACAGUUAGGUCACAAAUGAAUCUGAGGGAAUCAGGAGAUUUGCGGUCACAAGGUCAGUACAUGUACAGUAUUACUCAAAAUAGAUGUUGCCAUCUACCUGGGUAUCAAAAAGCGUCCGAGCCCCGGGCCGUCGGACGUGGCUGGGAUCUGAGAGGCGGUGUGCGGCGUGACCCUGCGGAGGUGGUUCUGGCUCUGCAGGAGGCGGCGCUGGGAUGUGGCUGCCAGGUCCACCAUGCCGGCCCCUUUCUGCUCUCCUGCACCCACGGCGUGGCAGGGGGCCGCGUGGCUUUCGAGGCCGAGGUGUGCCAACUUUCCACGGGCACCUCCGAGACUUCUAACGGGGUGCGCUACACGCGACUCUGGGGGACGCCGCUAGCUUUUCGGGACAUUGCCACCCAAAUCUCUAAGGACCUUGAACUUUGAACGGAGGUUGUGUGUGUGUGUGUGUGUGUGUGUGCGCGUGUGUGCGUGUGUGUGUGAGUGAUCAUUAAUGUGUGUGUCCGCAAAUGGAGGGUGGGGUGGACAUAAUUGAAGAAAAAAUAGCAGAUAAGGGGCUGGACCCGAAUAGACUUCUCCUUCUCUUUCGUGACUACCCCCCCACCCCCCGCGCACACACACACACACACACACACACACACACACACACACACACACACCCCUCACCCCACCCGUAAAGUCACUGAGGUACCCCUCCCUCCACCCAUUCACCCCACCCAGCUCAGCCAACUUCUUCACUGAGCGACUGCACCCAUUGGACCUGGAUCAGACGGAAUCUAGUUCUAUAUUUUUUAUUGCUACUCUAGCCAUAAUGACUCUUUAUGUUAUGUAUUGCUCUAGUCAUUGUUUUUACCCACUCUCACUUUCACCACUACGGGGAAAAAAAUUCUCCUGUGUACUGGUUGUAAUUGACCAGCCAGUCCUUUUUAUUUUUUAUUUUGUUUUUUUUAAUCCAUGACUUUUCAGCACCUGGGGACAAUGACAUGCACAAACGUGGAUGUGGUCCGACUCAGUGAUCAGACCAGCAGCCGGCGAGGGUUGCGUUGCUUUGAUCACGCAGCAGUGACGACUGCACUGGAUUAAGGUCAGUGGGAGCAGGGUUGACAGGCCCUUUGAAAACAGCCAAUCAGAGGCUGACCUGGAAUCCAGAAAGCCCGCCUCAUGUACUGAUUAGAGUUGUCGCCUCUCUCAAUCACAUUAGUUUCUCUGCAUGGGAAUAGCAAAUUAAAAUUAAAAUGUAGAUUUUUUUUAACAAGAAGAAGACAUUGUGGUGCAGUAAUGCCAGGCUCCAUUCAGGAUUCUUGCUAAAAUCACAAUUAAGUUAAAUCACAGCUGAUUUUUGGUUAAAUAUAAGGUUGUAUAACUUUUAUACCUUUGCUGUCAUGAAUACUUUUCCUAUGCUAGCUCUCUAAAAGAAUGAACAGAGAGGCUUGCAAAGAUACCUGCACACUCGGUGCUCUCUGAUUGGCUGGAUUCAUUGUUUGUCAGCGCUGGUCACCAUCAGUAAAACUAGUUCAAAGCCUUUAGAUUUUUCCAACCUCCCACCCCCGUUUCAUCUCUUUUCACGGGCUACACACGAAGUCCUCAACUGUUGAGAUUGUUCAAGGAAUUAAAGCAAGCGAGAGCGACAAAUGGGGAUUUUUUUGUUUUGUCGUGCAAACCUCGCCCCUGAAACCCGUCAAUCGUCCCUCCCUCCACGACAUGACAGAGACACUGUAAAUUUGGCUUAUUUUUCCGUGCAAUGCAAUUCUUUGGUUCUACUCAGUGCCAUGGGAUCUCACCUCAGCCAUCAUCUCUGUAGUUGGAUGGGAAAUACCAAAAGCAGAUCAGCCAAGCAGCGAAACCUCUCCAAUCACUCACACACACACACACACACACACACACACAAAGGUACAUGCACUUCUAAAUGUCCACCCUCUCUUUUUUGUGGCACAGUCUAUAAACUGGUCUGUCUAUAAUUGAUGACUGUGGGCUGUGAGGUAUGGGUGGGGGUGGGGUGUGUGUGUGUGUGUGUGGGGGGGGGGUGUUCUGACUCUGGAUACAGGCUUGACGAAGGCAGUGUGCAUAGUGUUUUCUUCUUGUUAGUCCAGUUGCCUUUUAAAGUGAACAACCCCCAGCGCCUUCAUACAGUGCAUAUUUAAUGUUUCAAAAAAGAGAGAGACAGGAAAAAAAACGUCCUUUCUAAGCUUUCUAUUCUCCCCCCCUGUUUUCAGUCAAUGACGUACUGUGAUAUUUACGUAGGCUACAGAGAACAUGUCGUUUGGCUGCUGAUUUACUGUUAAUACUAUCUCUCGGUUGUGGCUUUGCUCAUGGUGACCCAAAUCCCCCCUUACCCCGCCCCCAUUUCCUCUCCCAUCCAUCAUAAACUUCCCUGAUUCCCUACAUUGAACAGGGACGCCCCACCUUAGCUGUCCACCGCCUUCGUAUGUACCACCGACUUUUUUCAACCGUCACGAUGACUCGGCUCUUCGUAUGAGACCCUGUUUUCAUGCACAGGGGGUCAAAAACACUCGGCCAUCCUCUCACAGUGUAGACCCAUGUACGACAUCUUCUCAGUCCAGUUUGGCGUGUGCUGUUUCAUGGAGCCCAGCAGGGGAGACUGGUGUCCACCUGACUUUCCUCCCCAGGGUGAGAAGCAGACACCCACAUGGACACCCAGAGUCUGUCCUUGUCCUCUCCCUGGACGCUUUCUCAUUGUGGUGUAUAUUAGCAUUAGGUAAUAUAGACCUCAAUGCACUUUGCUUUGACUUGAAUCAGCUCCUUCCAGUGUACCUGUAUAGGUAAUACCCAGAACUAGCCACUGGAGGGCGCCAAUGUCUUAAAUGUGAAACACUUCAAUUUGUGGAUAUUUGCACAGGUACUUUAUUUAUUUUUUAGAAUAAUAUCAUUUAAAAAAUAAAAAAAAACAGGAUUUAUAUCAGUCAGUUGAUGGCUGUAUAUAAAAUAUAUGAAUAUAGUAUAUAUCUUAGAGCUCAAGGUUUAUUUAUAGCUAGAGCAAGGGAAGUAAUUCUAGUUUAAAGCCGAUUCUGUCAGUGACAAUGGGGAACCAAACCAAUCUGCAAUCCUGCAUGACUUCAGAGUUUUGGUUGGGGGGGGUGGUGGUGGGGGGGGGGGCGAUGAAACAUGAUGCACACCUAGGGUUGGAAGCUUUGUGGAAAGCAGACACGGAUCGUUUUAGAGAAAUGAGAGAAAUGGUGCUAGGCCUAAAUGUGGUACCUGGUCCUCCCCCCCCCCCCCCCCCCCCCCCCCCUCCCCACUCCCCUCCGUUGACAUAAGCAAAACAGGGGGCUUUGGCGAAUCCCAGUAACUCUGCUCCACCUUGUUUGCUAGAGGAUUAGUCCACGAGAGAGGGCUUCUGGGUUCUUACAAGUAUUUCGACAUGCCAUGAAAUGCAGCGUACAGAAACAAUGUUCCGUCGUAGAUCCAGCGAGGACCUUUACAUUUGGGAAUAAAUUGUGCAGUUUGGUUCUCUUUUAACUUGAAUUUACACCGAUACCCAAUAAGUCCCUAACAUGUUGAAAGCCCUGGGUUGCAUUCAAGCCAUAGAAAUGUCACGUCACUGUCUCCCGAUCGCAAAUAUGAAUCAUGUUGUUAGGGAAGCCUUUUCGGUGGAAAUGAAAUGAAAUGGGCUAAAAAAAAAAAGAAAACAAAGAGAGAAGCAAAUAAACUUGGUGUAAAACAUCUCACUCUUAGUAUAUGAUGGAUGAACAUUGUCUUAAGGUGGAAUCUACUGUGAAACGUUCUUGAAAAGAUUUUGUAAAGUAACUGUGUGUUCUCAGAGACGGUUUGUCGCUGGUGUGGUUUAGAUGGUACAGUAUUAGGACCCCAGGGGGGGGCUCGGCAAUUAACAUGCACUGUCAUUUCAAAACUGAUUUUGGAAACGGUUGAUGUUAUAUGCAAAAAGGGACUGAAGAAACACACCCAGUUUGACCUGUGCGAGUAAUUUUACACUGCUCUGCUGUUGAAUUCCUCCCCUCAGACACAAACUGUACACUGAGAUGGAGUGGAUGUGGUUUAUAAGGGAGAACAUGGAGCUGAAGAUUAAUAAAAUUCACUGAUGUUGGCA